UGUACUAAAACGUUUAGUCACAAUCAAAACAAAAACAAAAGUAAUUGAAAUUUCAUUGCAUAUUUCGUUUGCUUCGAAACGAUUGUUCAGCUAAAGCAUAGGAAUGUCCGAAACCCAGAAAAAGACAGGCAACAUUCUGUCUAACAUAAGUCCACCUUCGGAGCUGCCAACUUUCAUCACAGCAGUGGCCCCGGGAAGUCAACAAUCGGGCUCGAAUCCCGAUGGCCUCGUCCAGCUUCCACCAGCUGUAAUUGAUGACGAUGUAUCCAAGAAGGGAUCAGAAACGGAUCCGUUCAUUCCGACUACGUUCAGCCCGGCAAUUCCUUCGAAUAAAGAUACCAGUAUCAUUGGAGGAGGAUAUGCGUCAUCAAGUGCAGAAGAUGUUCCACCGAAGGUGAAUCAGGAAUUUGCAGGUAUGGUACUGAAUCCAGAUCCACUGGCUGAGGCUUUGAGUCCCAUUACUCACGGAGGAUCGGCUUUGUUUGGUUGGGUGAGGGAAGCUGUUAGUAACAAUGGGAUUCUGCAGAAGGUGGCCGAGAAAGCGAAAAGUUCCGUCGAUACGAUUGUGACGACGUUGGAUCCGCAAAUGAAGGAGUAUAUUAAUUCUGGUGGCGAUACCGAAGUGAUUGUGGCGUCAGAUAAAGACGAUAAGGUUCGUCCCAUUCGAGAGGCAUUCCAAACGGUUUUCGGUAAAGCUACAGUCAUAGGUCUUCAAACACAGGUAAUUGGUAUGGCUGCCCAACCCAAUGGUUUUGCGGCUGGGUUGAAGGGUGCAGAGUCUCGUAUAAACAGCAUCCGUGCUGAUAAUCCUCGCGUGGAUGACCAUUUACCUGUAGUAGCCGUGGAGAAUUUUCUGGUUGAGAUUUUUCCCGAUCAAUGGUUUGAUGCUGGCGUGAUUGUUUUAUACGACUACGCGAAGAAUAUACUGUUGAAAACGGUUACACAAAUGACACCAGUGCCACUGCAGAUUAUUACCUCUAUUCGUGCCGAUACUCCGGAGGAUUACCUAUUCAAGGAAACUGGUUUUGCCGUUACGAUCGGCAGCGUGAUGGCAAAAAAUCUAAAUGUACCGCACAAUGAGUGGCACAAGACAUACACUUCGGUGAGCCGGUCAGAUAUGAUUCUGAAUGCAGCGAAAAUCAUUGCCACGCUGUACAAGCAAGCUGUCGCAGAGUACGUGAACACUGUCGGUGCUUCUUUUAAUUCCGGGGAAUAAGAUUCGUUUCCUGCCAGCCUGUCGACGGAGUGCAGAUGUGGGCACUACUAGGAAGCUGGUUGUAUGAAGUCUAUCUCAAUAAUGUUGAUGCGCUCGACUUUGGUCGAGCUAAGUGAUAUAAUGCAUAAUUGCUAUCAUGAACAGCGUUUAUUAUGAUUCUCCUUUCGGAAAGAUGUAAAACUGUGCUGUAUUUUUUAUUGUUUACAGAUAACCUUGUUAGAAUUACCCAAGUUACAAAUAUAAACGAUACUACUCCUUAAAUAUCAGUA